AUGCAGAUUAUCCUAGCACUUACGGCCAUGCUACUGGCACCGAUCAUCUCCGCCGCUCCUAUGGCUGACAAUGCUGUCGACAAAAGGCAAUUGACGAAUGCUCUGCUCCCCGAGGGCCACGAUAAAUAUGUGGAACAGGAUCAGGACAAUGGAUUGUUAGGAAAUCUUGGCUCUACCCUCAUGAUUGGCUUUGACCAUGCCAAAUAUACGGUUGAUCCUCCGAGUGCGGCACAGCCUUUCAAACCGGCAGAGAGUUCCCCAGGUCGCGAAGCUCAUCGAAAAGCCCAUUUGGCCAUAUACGAAGGAAUGAAGAACAACUAA